AUGGCUGUAAGCAGAGGAGGCGUUGCCUUCUGGGUGGGUUGUGUCCGCAUCCAUGGCAGAAGGCAACACAUUGGAAGUUUCAAUAAGCCGCUUGACUUGCAGUGGAUCUACCCAACACGUUGUCUCAGCAGCGCGUCAUGGGCCCUGGCGCCCCCCAACAGCUUGAGAUACCAGACGGUUAAGCGAGCCGUUCCGUCCCAUCCUUCGCAUCACGCCAACCGGGCGAGGGUCGCUUACCACGAGGACGACUGGGAAGACUCGCUCGGCACGUACGUGCUGGUGAGACCGAACGAGUUAGUCGGCGAACACGCCGCGGCCGAGUUCCCGUCGUUCGGUCGGACUCGACUAGCGGAGCUCCUGGCUCCGGGGAAUCGUCACUCCUCGGAGUUUUCCUUCUUAUUGACUACGGUCGACGGCAGCAGAGAGGACGACAUCAGCGUCAGCGGCUUCGGUAGAAGCGACGUACGCCCGCGCGAGAGACGGCACGGAUGUUUUCGAAGCCUGUUCGAAGCGGAGCGCUGCCCGGCGCCCUACACGUACGGCUCUCCGUUUUAUUGUUUCCAUUCCUCGGAAACGGAACGGGUGUCCGCCGGCGGACUGAACUCAAGGCGGGAUGUUGGACUUAAAAGACACGAGAUGGAGGAGGAGAUGCCCCAGCUGCAUCCCGCUUCUUUGUAUAGCCACGAAGCAAGAACAGUGGGAUCACACAACGAAGGUGACAGUGAAGGGGAGCAGAAACUGGCCUUGGCGUAUGAAAGACUGAGGACUGAGCUUCCAAAUUUCUUCCGUAAGAAGCACGACUACACCAUGUACUCCCACGAUCUUGAAUUUAUCAACGGUCUUCUCAAUACCAAGACAAGAGGCCGUGCCAUCUACCAAUUCACUCUGUCGCUGUGGCGCCUCCUGUGUCUGUUCUACUUCGCCGAUGCCCGGUUAGAGGUGCUUAAACUGACAAAGCACAUGGAAGAUGGGACCAUUAAGGCUCGCUGGAGGCUCAAGGGCCUUCCUUUCCUUACUCUCAUGCUACGCUUCUACCGCAAAGACAAAUCCCACCUGUACAGGUCCUAUGAUGCUUUCUCCACAUUCUACAUAGGACACGAUGGACUUAUCCACUGUCAUAAAGUUGAAAAGGUGAUGCCGGCGCCGCCCCCAGUCGUGCCCAGAGUCACGUCUCUCCUGGCCAGCGCUUUAGUGGCUCUGGGGUUGGAGGAGAACAGACCCGCACUCAACCUGCUGCCGCUCCUCCUGUCUUCGCUGCGGCAGGUCCGAGACUGA